UUCUGAAAAUUAUUUAUUUACUUAUAUAGAAAAGCCACCAAAGAAUAACGAGUUGCUUGCCAUUAUCUCAUAAUUACUUAAAUAUUUUCUAAAACACUCGAAAGCAGCACAUUAGCGAAAGAGAACGUCAUGUCACCGAUAAACACAAUUAUUGCCAUCUCCGUCGUCAUCGCAGCCGCAUCUCUUAUCAGAAACUUCUCAUCUCCUUCCGACAAUACUUUUCUUUACUACCACCAUUGUACGCAACCAAACUACUUUCGAGGAUCGUCUUUUUGCUCCAAGUACCUUCCCGGAUCAUCUUACGACUCAAAUGUCAACUCGCUACUCACCUCGCUCGUAAACUCAGCUAAUAUCUUUACAUACGACCAUUUCACUGUCGGAACCUACGGCAAAACCGUCCACGGGAUGCACCACUGCCGCAGCGACCUCUCCACACGUUCCGAUGAUUGCGCUAGAUGCGUCGCGCAAGCUGCUCGCAUACUACAAAGUCUCUGCGGGGGCGCGUCCGGCGGCGCGUUGCUGCUUGAAGGUUGUUUCGUGGAGUAUAAGAACACUAAGUUCCUAGGCGUGGCGAAUAAGACGUUGCUGGCUAGGAUAUGCGGGACACCGUGGGGGUAUAGCCCGGACGAGUUGACUAAGACCAGUAAGAUGGUGAGUUUCGUAGUGGACGCCGAUAGCGUACCUUACAGAGCUUCGAUAGGAGAGGUUGCAUUUUGCAUACAUGAGUCCUUAUCAGGUAUUGGAGUACCACAUGGAGUUCUUGGAGACACUUGGAGGCAUUUGGAGCUCAAAAAGGAGUGUUUAGAAUGGUCAUUGGGCGAGCAAGGCAUGGGAGCGACCAGUCCGGAGCGACACAGCGAGGUCGCUCUGAUCACCCUACUGGAGCGACCUAACCAGAGCGACAGGGAGAAGUCGCUCGCGGUUUCAUCACUCGGAGAUGCGAGAACAAGCCCGGAGCGACCUCUCGGAGCGACACAGCGAGGUCGCUCCAGCUGGGAGCGACGUUAUGGGAGCGACAGGGAGAAGUCGCUCGCGGUUUCAUCACCCGGAGACGCGAGAACGAGCCCGGAGCGACCUCUCGCAGCGACACAGCGAGGUCGCUCCCGAAGCCUGGAGCGACUUGUCGGAGCGACGGGCUGAGGAGCCUUGAAAACUCCUAACAUCAAGAGGGAGCGCAAGCUGUGGCUCAGUGUACUGGAGAUCUUAGUGCGAGUGACUGUAACGACUGUUUGAAGGAAGCGAACAAACAGCUGAAGUCGUUGUGUGGAAUAACUGCUUGGGGUGAAGUGCACUUAGCCAAGUGUUACGUGCGUUACUGGUCGCGUGGAGCCACUGGCCACGCGUAUAAGAAAACGUUACCGGGUAUGACGCCAGCCCAACUCAGGGACGGAACCAAGAGUUUUUAUCACCGAGGGCAACAAUUUUUAGUAUAUAAAUUUCAGUCAUUAUUGAUAUACACUUUUUAUGUUUCUUUUGUUCUAUCUCUAUUUUAUUUGUUGUGGGACUAUAUAAAUGGAUAAUUUAUAAUAGAACUGUUUAGUCUCAACAUUUAAUCUAUUUUUGUCUCAUUUUAAAAAUCAUCUCACCCAAGUUACCUGUUCUUCGCAUUUUACCAAUAAGUUUGAGGAACCACAGAGAUGGAAGAAAUGGUUCUCCAUGCCUCGCUGUCAAUCCUGCGCUGGAAGAUGUACCAUUGUCAGUUAAAAAAAAUUGUAUUUUUGUUUACCUCAUACUAAACUCAAAUAGCUUUAGCCUUCGAAUUAUUCGAGUUUUUCUAGGAUUGGGACCAAAUUGCUUUAAAAACUAGUUUAAGAAAGUAAAAGUAAAUCUAGGAUGUGUGGUUACUCUAAAACAAUUAUACUUGCCACUAAGAUUCACCUUUAUAAAAAAUAAUCCAUCGCAUUAACAUUGAUACAAAUGUAACUCUAACAACUAUCAAUACAAACAUAACCCAAAAUAUGUACUCGAGAUAGAGAAUAAAAUGUUUCCCUUCAAAACAUAUCUUCUUAAACCCCCAUGCUCCAAGUAUUCUGCAUAUGCAUUAACAUGGCUUUUCCUUCUGCAUCAAUGCUAUUCCCAUAGUUUCGUUUAUACCAAAUCUUAUCUCAAUCUAACAACAAUUACUGCUCCAUUUCAAUCAUCUUGAAUUGAGAUUCUUCCACAAUCAGCCUCUCUAGCUUACUUGAAGUGAUUGAAAUUUGAAACAUAAGUCUUAAGAUGCUUAAAGUUAAAACACUUAGCAGUGUCAAAAGAUUAUACAUCAAAGGGAGACAUCAUGGGGAAGCGGUUAGUAUCUUUGUUGCAAGAUUGAACACAUGAAUGAAAAUAACAACGCAAGAAACCAAUCAAGAGGGGAGAAACCACAUGGCAACCUUGAGUCUGAAGUUGGAGGAGAGACCGGGGACGCGUUUGAUGGUCUUUGUUGCAAGUUUGUACACACAUACGUCGAUGCAUGUAGUUAAACGUUUCGUGUGACUGAAACGGCGGUCGUUACGGGUGAAGUAGAUGGAGCUUGGCUCAAUACCAAGGGUGUGGUCAGCAGGCACGGUGAUACCCAAAUCAAAAAACAAAGCCUCAUCACCUAUAGAAUCCACCUUAACAAGCCAUGUAUCUAAGGUUCCCGGGUCUAGAUCUUUAGCAUCCCUUUUGUACAGACGAAAGAUCCUAGGCUUUCCAGAGGCUGGCUCGUAAGCUCU